UUAGGUUGUAGUUAUUAUAGGACUAUUUCCCUCUAUACCAUUUGUAUUUCAUUAACCUUUGACUAUUGGAUGUUCUUAUAGGCACUUUAGUAUUGCCAGUGUAACAGUAUAGCUUCCGUCCCCCUCCUCGCUCCUCCCUGGGCUCGAACCAGCAACACAACGACAACAGCCACCACAUCGAAGCAUCGUUACCCAUGCAGAGCAAGGGAAACAACCACCCCAAGGCUCAGAGCGAGUGAUGUUUGAAACGCUAUUAGCGCGCACUAACUAGCCAGCCAUUUCACUUCGGUCACACCAGCCUAAUCUCGGGAGUUGAUAGGUUUGAAGUCAUAAACAGCGCAAUGCUUGACGCACAACGAAAGCUGCUGGCAAAACGCACUAAAGUGCUGUUUGAAUGAAUGUUUACGCACCUGCUUCUGCCUACCACCGCUCAGUCAGAUACUUAGAUACUUGUAUGCUUGUAUGCUCAGUCAGAUUAUAUGCAACACAGGACACGCUAGAUAAUAUCUAGUAAUAUCAUCAACCAUGUGUAGUUAACUAGUGAUUAUGAUAGAUUGUUUUUUAUAAGAUAAGUUUAAUGCUAGCUAGCAACUUACCUUGGCUUACUGCAUUUGCGUAACAGGCAGUCUCCUUGUGGAGUGCAACGAGAGAGAGGCAGGUCCUUAUUGCGUUGGACUAGUUAACUGUAAGGUUGCAAGAUUGUAUCCCCUGAGCUGACAAGGUAAAAAUCUCUUUCUGCCCCUGAACAAGGCAGUUAACCCACCGUUCCUAGGCCGUCAUUGAAAAUAAGAAUGUGUUGUUAACUGACUUGCCUAGUUAAAUAAAGAUGAAAUAAAGGUGUAAAAAAAAAAAAUAGGCAAAUCGGCGCCCCAAAAUACUGAUUUCCGAGUGUUAUGAACUUGAAAUCGGCCGUAAUUAAUUGGCCAUUCCGAUUAAUCGGUCGACCUCUAGUGGACGCAUUGUUGGCGGAGUGCGCAACCUAUGCUACACUUGUGAGAAACAAGUUUUGGUUUAUUUAAUUCCAUUUACUAGUUCAGUCAAUGUAGUCAUUGUCUGGAACGCUUCUGUCAAUGUUGAGUAAGGACGCGCAUAGAAGUAGGCCUAUAUAGGCUACCUGGCCUGCGCACAAAUGAAUGUGCCCAUUUGGGGAUCUGAUAUUAUUUCUGAUUGGCUUAAUGCACCACCUGUGGAGCUUCUCAAAGUAAUGUUUUUUUCACCUCAAACAGGUUUUUACAUCCAUUAAGAAUUACAAUAGUUCCUCAAUGAGUUUGAAAAAAUCUUUCCAGCGCUCUCCCUUUCGAUGACCACUCGGCAUGAAAGGGAAAAAUGACAUGCUCUGAUCCAGUAGAAACGUGGUAAAAUAGGCUUAUCAGUGCUUGACUUAAACUGAAAUAGGUACUAAUUUUGGAUGCUGGUACUGUUUAUAUUUAGGUGCAGGAGUUCCACAAUAAGUUUGAGCUAAUAUUCUACAAGAGGAACAGAAGCUCACCCAUUGGAAAAUUUGAGGUUCCGGUACACCGCUCUGGUGAGCUCCUACCCAAGUCAAGCACUGCUUCUUAUCCCUUGUGCAAAUGGCCUAAGGUUGUCUGUCCAGAGCUCACUGGCAGGAAACUGAGGGCCAAGAAUAUUUUAUACAAUGUUGCAAGUUCGUUUAAGACAGGCCAUGUGUAGCCAAUGUGAUUUGAUAAAAUAAAUAUCCUAUCAGGAUAUUUCUGACCUGCAGGCUGCAAUGUUUUAUUUGUUGGCUUUAUGUAGACUAUUUUUACAUAGUUGGCAAUGCUUUGUAUCAUUUUAAUUAACCACAAAACAAAGAUUUUGAGAUAUGAAGACUAUACUAAACUUUCAUUGACCUUUGACCCCUUCGAUCCAGCGUUGUGUGAUGUCACUGACCAGCAGAUGGGUCAGAGGGUGAUGACCCCACUAGUGGAGGAGCCAGAGCCUGACCUCCUCACCCCUGCCUUCCCUCUCUCCAACUCUCCCGUGCCCCCAGAGGCACAGACUGAGGAGUGUGAGGCGGAGAAGAAGCCUCCUCGAUUCCAGCUGUCCUCCCUUAUCCCCCAGGAGAGGAUAGGCUACACCACCCUCAUAGACGAGCUGGGUGGUGUGAUGCUGGACAAGCAGUGCUUUGACCCCAGCUGCUCCCACAUCAUUGUGGGGACCCCUCUGAGGAAUGAGAAAUACCUGGCAGCCAUGGCCGUGGGGAAGUGGAUCCUGCACCGCUCCUACCUGGAGGACUGUCGCUCCGUGGGACACUUCAAUCCAGGAGGAGGAGUAUGAUUGGGGCAGAAGCUCCAUCCUGGAUGUGCUACCGUCCAUCAGCUCGCAGCAGAAGAGGCUGGCGUUGGCCGCCAUGCGCUGGAGGAGGAACCUGCAGGACCGCAAUGACCAGGAGGGAUCAUUCAGCGGUUGGACCGUCAUGCUGAACGUCGACCAGACCAGAGAGUCAGGGUUCAGACGACUCCUGCAGUCUGGUGGAGCAAAGGUUCUCCCCAGUCCCUCUCCAUCUCUGUACAACCCACCUGUUUGCAGAGUUCAGUCGGUUGAAGCCAGGAGAAUUCCGGGUGGACGUGCCAGAGGCCAAAUGCCUAAAGCCAGAGUUUAUUGCAGACUACCUCAUCCAGGAGCCUAUUCCACCAAUAGAGAUGUACUAUCUGCCUGAAGCUGCCCAAUGUCUGCCAGCGGGCACAGAUGCCAGCCGCGCCACACCCUCCCGCAAGCGCAAAGCAUCAGGAGAUUCCACAAAGUCGAAGACCCACCUCAAGUAAAAACAUUGUCAUUUAGAGCUUUGGUGUCAACUAGUAAAUUCCAUCAUUUUAGAAAUGCCCCUGCAAGCCAUUAAUGAUAUGUCUGUAAAUAAGAUUUUUUUUAUUAGUUGUAUGAAAAUAAAAUUUAUUUGACAAGU